AUGCGUUAUAGGAUUUUCCAAUGGACGCAUGGUCUAAUGCUCUCCAGCAUGGCCAAAGGCGUUGGGUUGGUGCAUGAUGUGUUAGGAUGGCUUGGAAUUUUAAGAAUGCACAAGCUUUCGGUGAAGUGGACGCACUGGCAUUGCUGUUGUGAGGGCGCUUUGUGUAUCUCUAACGGUUUCAACGUCCGCCUCAAGCAACUCUUUUCACGCCCUCUCUUAAUUAUAAUCCUCUGUUUCUCCCACUCUCACACCAUCAAUCUCCACUCUCCAUCUCACACACCCAAUCCACUUCCGCGACACACCGGAUUUCUAUCCCACCUUCCUCUUUUAUACCCCAUCUUACAUCACCAAAUUCAAUUCCUAAAUCCUCCAUCCUUCUCUUCAAGAGAUAUAAAUUAUCGGUAG